AUGCUGCCUCACAAUAAGACUGAGCAUUCGGUCAGUAGGAUCACUUGUGAAGGCAAAAAACUCACAUAUAAAUUGAGUGUGAUGCAACAACCAAAGCGGGCAAGAGCGUGUGACGUUGGUGCAAAGUCUGUAUCCGUGGUUGAAUUGCGCGUCUUCAAAUCCGAUCCGGCCAACGAUGCACAAAAGACCGACAUCACCUUUGCCUAUAACGCUAAUUUCAUCCUCUACGCAACCCUUGACACUUCAUGCCUCGUCACCCAUGAGCAAGUGGCUGAACCGCUGUUGCACCCCAUAUUAACUGGUGUGCCGGUCGCCAGUGUCGCAUAUCCCGACCGUCCCUCGCAAGCAGGAUACUUCAUCUUUCCCGACCUGUUGAUACGUCAUGAGGGUCAAUGCUGUUUGAAAUUCCAUCUGUAUGAAGAAAUCAAGGAUUCUAAUGAUGCCGAUAAGGACUCGACUUUACCUCUUCCUAACCUAACUGCCCGUUCUGCCACAACAAAGCCAGGCACGCCGCAAACAUUCCUGCAUUUCCGUCUCGAGCUUUUGUGUAUUUUGCCAUAA